AAUCGCUGGAUUCAUUUAUCCAGGAGGUGCCAUUUCACAACGAUUAACGCCCGCCUCUUCUCCGUCACGUUCGAUUUCCUUCACACACCCGACCACCCCCACGGAGAGAGAGAGAGAGAGAAUGAACUCGUUCUCGCUCUCUUCUUGCCGCCCUCUCAUACCCUGUGAUUCCAGCCGUUUGAUCGGAAGACGCGAUUCGGUUCUUUCUGGCCCGUGUUCCGCAGGUAGAAUCGAAAUUUCAACGCCGAAUGUCCGGCGUCCGUGGAGAAUCCUGGCGGUUGGCGAGGUCGCCGAAGCGGCGUCCAAUCCCGUGAGGGCGGAGAUCACAUGGCAGAUUGUCGUCGGAGCCCUAGCUGGUGUCACCCCUUUUAUGGUCGCGGGCGUUGAGUUCAGCAAGCGAAUUAUUGCACAAAGAAGAUGUGGCGUUUGUGGAGGCUCGGGACUUGUUCUAAGAGAGAAGAAUUAUUUCCGCUGUCCUGGUUGCGGUACAGUUGACCCUCAUUUGCCACAGAUGAUUCUUCCAAUCAGCACCUGAGUAUAUCGGGUCUUCGUUUUUUGUUUGAUUGAUUCUUGAGUCACUGCUUACUGGUUGAAGAAUGACAUGCUUGACUCAAUGUCAAUGGGGUCAUCAAGGGUGAAUUUAUUUUUCGGUAGCUUCAGUCUGAAUAUUUGGCGUUCAGAAAAUAUACCAGAUACUUGUGGGGCCAUGAGACCUUUGCAAGCCUGAAUGUAGUAGACACAUCAUGAGUUUGGUCGUGUCGCCUAAGUUAGCUGUGCCUAAUAUGAUUUGUUAAAGUUUGUCCUGGCAGCUUACGACCUUCCUUUUUUACUA